GCAGAAAUAGGGGCGGUGUCCCGUUUUCUGUGCGCUUCUGCGCGCUGUGUGGUUUGUUCCAAAGACGCGAUGGAUGUUUUUCAGAUUUUCUGCUCUUGUGGGAGUAUGAUAGAGUUUAUGGUGCGGAUGGAGAGGCGUCGGGGUGGGGAGAGAAAGGAUUGGAGUUGCGAAAGGGAUAGCUAAUGCGCUCGCUGGACAGGCUCCAAGGAUUGGGCCGCGUGGCCAGGGGACACAGCGCGGGCUUCUGCGCGCCCCCAGAGGCGUGGGAGCGGGGGCGCGCCCAGGCCCAGGCCCGCGGCUGUCGGGCUGGGGGCGCUGUGCGUGCGCGGAGCAGAUCGGUAGCGGUUUGCCGUUCUCUACGCGUGCCUCGGGGCGUGAACCCGGUGAGCAGUUAUGCGCUGGUUGGGGUCAGUGACGAAUGCGCACGCGUCCUGCUUGGUGAAGCUGAAGGCAGAGCUCGGGAUGGAGGGCAGAAUGGAACAGCAGAGGUGGCUCCUGUUAUUAUUUCUGGUGGUACAACUGCUGCUUAUGGGCGCAUUUCUGUACCAAAACCGCCACCACCACAGCUUCACCUCCUUCUUGCACUUCCUAAUCCAAGAAAGGCCAGAAAGGAGAGAAGAGCUGCCCUUUUUGGUUCAGAUCUCCCCUCCAGGAAUCCGUUACCAGGACGUGUACUCCAACCUCAGCCAGAUCCAACCUAUGGACAUCAGUGAGGAGGAUCUGCCCAACUGCCCCAUCAUCUCACCCUACAUCAAUGGCCCUUUGAAGGUGAUGAUCCCAGAAAACCUGACGAUGGAGCAGGUGGUGGAAAAGAACCCACUGGUGGAGCUGGGAGGCCAGUACCGGCCACCUGACUGCUGGACACGGCACCACACGGCGGUAGUGGUGCCCUACUAUGGCCAAGCCCAGAACCUGCAGCACCUGCUCUUCCACCUGCACCCCUUCCUACAGCGCCAGCAACUGCACUAUGCCAUCUAUGUGGUGAACCAGGUGAACAACACUGCCUUCAACCGGGGCAAGCUACGCAACGUGGGGUUCUGGGAGGCCAUGCAGGAGGAGGACUGGGACUGUGUCUUCUUCCACGAUGUGAACCUACUCCCAGAGGAUGACCGUAACCUCUACAUCUGUGACAUCUUCCCUGCCCAUGUGUCUGUGGCCAUCGACAAGUUCAACUACAAGCUGCCCUACCGAGGCUACCUUGGAGGGGUCUUUGCUCUGCGCCCCAUUCACUACCUGAGGAUAAAUGGCUUCCCUAACACAUACUGGGGCUGGGAGCGUGAGGAUGAUGACAUCGCUGCCAGGCUGAAACUAAGUGGGAUGCUCCUCUCACGGCCCCAUCUGCUCUUUGGCCGCUACCACAUGCUGGAGGGGCAGGACCCCAGCCACAAGCAAAGCCUCCAAACUCCUGGCCUUCUGGCCCGGAUCCACCGCAGGUGGCGACAUGAUGGCUUGAACUCAUUGGGCUACAGGCUGCUCUCCAAGGAGCUGCAGCCCCUCUACACCAACCUCACUGUGGACAUCAGCCCCCCAGCCCCAGGAGCCCCAAUGCCAGGCUGAGGAGUGACUGGAGGCUGGAACGGAAUGCCUGAGAUUAGGGCUGCAGGGCAACCCUCUCACCCAUCCCACCUGGUUUCUUAUUAAAGGAGAGUUUAUUUUACGUGCUUCUCUUC